AGUCGGGGGAAUCCCGUCCCCUCUCUCCGGCUGUGAGACCAAAUGAAUAAAGUCAACAAGGUUUUGAAGAUCCUUAAGAAGUCAUCAAGGAGGAGGAAGAGAUGGAGAGAGGAGCUGAGGGUGGAGGAAGAAGGGGAGAGCCAGCAACUCUGUGACCCAGGUGGUUUGUGCCGCCUGCACCUCUGUACCAGUGACGAUGGCCCUUACUCGAAGGGGAGCAAGGACUCUGGUGGGAUGGACACAGCCCUGGUCUCCAGGAGGCAAAGCAUCCCAGAGGAGUUCAGAGGGGUCACCAUUGUGGAGCUGAUUAAGAAGGAAGGAAGCACCCUGGGGUUAACCAUUUCAGGUGGCACAGACAAAGAUGGAAAGCCAAGAGUCUCCAAUCUGAGGCCGGGAGGACUGGCUGCAAGAAGUGACCAGCUGAACGUCGGGGAUUACAUCAAGUCAGUGAAUGGCAUUAACCUGACCAAGCUGCGGCAUGAUGAGAUCAUAAGCCUGCUGAAAAAUGUGGGCGAAAGGGUAGUGCUGGAAGUAGAGUAUGAGCUUCCGCCAGCCGUGCCAGAGAGCAGUGCUGGCAUUAUUCCCAAGACCAUCGAGGUGUCCCUCUACAAGGAAGGCAACAGCUUUGGCUUCGUGCUGAGAGGGGGAGCCCAUGAAGACUGGCACAAAUCCAGACCGCUGGUGCUCACCUACGUGAGGCCGGGUGGCCCAGCAGACAGGGAAGGGUCCUUGAAAAUUGGGGACAGGCUGCUGAGUGUUGAUGGGAUCCCUCUGCACAGCAUGACCCACGCUGACGCCCUCAACAUCCUGCGGCAGUGCAGCCAGGAGGCACUCUUCCAGAUCGAGUACGAUGUGACCAUCAUGGAUACUGUAGCAAAUGCUUCGGGUCCUUUACUAGUUGAAAUAGCAAAGACUCCAGGAUCUACGCUAGGAAUCACACUGACAACAACCAUGCACCGGAACAAGCAGGUCAUUGUCAUCGACAAGAUCAAGCCAGCCAGCGUGGUGGACAGAUGUGGUGCGUUGCAUGUUGGCGACCAUAUUCUCUCCAUUGAUGGCACAAGCACAGAGCACUGCUCCUUAUUAGAGGCAACUCAGCUUUUAGCUGCCACUUCAGAAAAUGUCAAGCUAGAGAUAUUACCUGUUCACCAAAGCAGGCUGCCUUUGAAGCCUCCAGAAACAGUCAAGGUGCAGAAGAGUGACCACCACCACUGCUGGGACCCCUGUGUCAACUACUGUCACACCCACCACCCCGGGCACUGCAAGACACCCACUUGGAACCAGGCGUCUGGACAGGAUUACUGCAAAUCUCUGGUGGCCGCCAACUUCUCGUCUCCCACUCUGAACGCGCAGGGCUUCCCUUGCCAGAACUCCAACACGCUACCUCGCAGCUCCCACCCCAUGAGCCCCCGCACCACCAUGCUGAGGAGGAGGCAGAAGAAGAAGGAGCACAAGAGCUCACUGUCACUGGCCUCCAGCACCGUGGGUCCUGGCGGGCAGAUAGUCCACACGGAGACAACAGAGGUGGUGCUCAGGGGAGACCCUUUGAAUGGCUUCGGACUUCAGCUCCAGGGAGGCAUCUUUGCUACCGAAACCCUGUCUUCCCCACCUCUCGUCCGUUUUAUUGAGCCCGACAGCCCGGCAGAGAGGUGUGGGCUGCUACAAGUAGGAGACAGAGUCCUUUCUAUCAACGGCAUUGCGACUGAGGACGGGACUAUGGAGGAAGCUAAUCAGCUUUUGCGUGACGCCGCGCUCACCAACAAAGUGGUGCUGGAGAUCGAGUUCGAUGUCGCAGAGUCUGUCAUACCCAGCAGCGGUACUUUCCACGUUAAAUUGCCCAAGAAAAGAGGUGUAGAGCUUGGAAUUACAAUCAGCUCUGCAAGCAGAAAGCCUGGGGAGCCUUUGAUUAUCUCUGACAUCAAGAAGGGGAGCGUAGCACAUAGAACUGGCACCUUGGAGCCGGGAGACAAGCUGUUAGCCAUUGAUAACAUCCGACUCGACAAUUGCUCAAUGGAGGAUGCUGUGCAGAUUUUAAGGCAGUGUGAAGACCUGGUCAAAUUGAAGAUUAGGAAGGAUGAAGAUAACUCUGACGAGCAGGAGACAACCGGUGCUAUUAUCUACACGGUGGAACUGAAGCGAUACGGCGGCCCUUUGGGAAUAACCAUCUCCGGCACGGAGGAACCCUUCGAUCCCAUCGUCAUUUCGGGCUUGACUAAACGAGGGCUGGCAGAAAGAACUGGAGCCAUCCACAUCGGUGACCGGAUAUUAGCGAUUAAUAACGUGAGCCUCAAGGGCAAACCGCUGAGUGAAGCUAUUCACCUGCUGCAGAUGGCGGGAGAGACGGUCACUCUGAAGAUCAAGAAGCAGACAGAGAAAUCCUAUCCCAAGAAGUCGGGGAGUAUAAACGAAGUGAGCGACCCAGAAGAUGAACUGACGGACUCCCAGAAAACUAGCAAGCUGUCUGAGAUAUACUCCACCACAAUUCCUAGCGUGGACAGUGCUAUGGAGUCCUGGGAUGGCUCCGGCAUUGAUGCUGGGUAUGGAAGCCAAGGUACGUACAUACCGCAGGCUGCUGGCAUAGCCCUCCAUCCACACGAAUGGAGACACAGCAGACAAAAGAGCAGCACCCCUCCGGGCGACCCCAGGAAAAACUACCCCUACAUGGACGGAAGCUUCAGUGAAGAUGACUGGGACAAGCCCAGCAGAUACCCCAACCGCCAAAAUGGCCUUGAGACCACUCACGAGGAUAGUUUUUGGCGUGUUUUUGGAGAAGCUUUGGAGGAUUUGGAAACAUGUGGCCAGUCUGAACUUUUGAGGGAGAUUGAGGCAUCCAUCAUGACAGGGAGUGUGCACAACCUGGGCCUGGAGGGCAGCAAGUUGCUCCUGGACUCUGUCAACCCGUCGGGACUGAGCCCAUUGAGGAGAGCAAACUCCAGCUGUGAUGACGGACAAACUGAGAGCAGCAGCUCCCCUGCCAAGAAGAAUGAGAGGAACCUGGACAUGAAGAAGAUCGAGAAGGAAAUGCAGGAAAUCAUGUCCCCCACCCCCCUCGAGUUUCACAAGAUGACGCUCCACAAAGACCCAGAGAGCGAAGACUUUGGAUUCAGUGUGUCGGAUGGCCUGUUAGAAAAAGGUGUCUAUGUAAAUAUGGUCCGUCCGGAUGGGCCAGCAGAUCAGUGUGGCCUCAAGCCAUAUGACAGAGUGCUUCAGGUAAACCGCAUCCGAACGAGAGACUUUGACUGCUGUCUGGCUGUUCCCCUGAUUUCGGAGGCUGGAGAUAAGCUGGACCUGGUGAUUAGCCGAAACCCCUUGGCACUGGCUGCCAACGCUCCCCCGGAGGGGAACAGAGAGCUGCCGGCGCAGGCGGCCCGCGGUGCCGAGGUCAAGGCGAGCGUCCAGACGCUCUGAGCAGCAGGAGCGGAGCAGACGGUGCCUGGGGCCUCUGCUGAACCGUUGGGGUUAUUUGGGGUGUUUUUCCUGUUUUUUGCACUGGUAUUUGUUAAACGCUGUGUGUACCAUAACGUGCAAGUGGGGAGGUGGGUCUUCAGUGAGCUUGUAGACCGCCAAAGAUUGCUGGGAAGGUCGGGGCUGGAUGCGCGUCUGAGGCCGUGGGCAGCACCGGCCAGGGGUGAGCUGCCGACGGGGUCCUGCCUCCCGCACCCUCCUCACCCCGAAGGCCUUGGCCAUCCUAUAAACACACAUGGUGCUAUUCUGUUUCUUGUUUGCUCGGUUCAUCGCAUACAGCAAGACUGACAACGCCUUUCCUUUUCUGUUGUGACCAGCUCCAUCCUUGAAACACUCCUGAGAAAUCCUGCACUCCUGGUGCAGGGCUGUGGAGACUCCUGUUUAAAAGACAUUUGAGAAUGUGCUUGAGAGUGGCAAGAUGCAGUUCUUGUUCAAAAAUCGGUAUUUGCAGCUGCCUCCUGCCAGCCCCAUCCGUGCUCCCUGCCAGGCUGGCUCGCCCUGCAGUGGGAUGAGGCACCUUGUCUCACCGUCGAGUCCCGUGAGCAACGUGGUUACCUGUGCUGGAGGAGUCAGUACAGAGCAGGAGGCCGUUCCCGAGGCUGAAGGCCUUGAAUUCCUGCCCAAAUCCCCAGCCACUUCGUUUGUCUGGGCUUUAUGGAGAUCUCUUGCUUGCAAACCUGGCCUGUGCCCGCAAGUAAAUAGCGGAACAGCGAUCUUCCCAGGGCCCUCCCUGAUGUUUUGAAUCAAGCCUUGUCCUGUCAGUGGCAUGAGAAGCCUUUGUUAGAUGGAGGUUGUGUCCCGCGUGGGCUGGGCUCUGUCUGUGUGUGCCCACGCGGGUUCGGCUGCUUGCCCCCAUCGCUGACCCCUCCGCGGCUUCGCAGGCAUGAGGCCCCACGCUCGCCCCCUCCCGAGAGCCCCCGUCGCGUUGGUUCGCUCAUCUGCUUGCCACGUUUCACGUUUUAGCACUUUAUGAUGAUGCUCAUGGCCCAGUGGUGAGGGUGUGAGCCUGGCAUCGCUUUCCCCGGGAAGGCUCCGGCACGGCGCAGCCUCCCCGUCCCCCCUCCAGCUCCACCGGUGCCGGAGCCCGCGGGGCGUGGGCUGGGGGUGCAGCGCCCCUUGGGCCGCUUUGCUGAGCCAGGGCUCGUCCCCACGCCGUCCGUCCCCGAGCCGCUUCGCGACUCCGUCCCUCCGCGGCGUGUCAGGGGGUUUCUUCCAGGCACGUGCCCGGCCCCAUCCAGCUAUUUGUCGUCGUAGCCAUUUUCUCUUCGAGUAUGCAAUACCCCAUACCAUUGCUGCCACAAGUAGGUAAUGUGCCAUAACUGAUCCUGUGGAGCAUUGACAGUGCAGCCAGAAGUGUUUUUAUAUGCAAUAUUCUGAGCAGUGGAAGCUCGCUGGGGCUUCUCAUAGGUUUUUAAUGAAGACUUUUAUUAAAGGCUUUAAAAAAAAAAAAAAAAAGAAAAGAAGGAAGAAAAACUUGGUCCUUGUAUCCCUUCCUAUGCAUUUUGAAUGAUAUGAAGAUGAAAUGCAUUAAAUGUGUAUUUUUAUCCAUAUAUUAGAGUGUAUUCCUUGUAAAGUAUUUUUAUAUGCUAAUUUUCUUAUGUAUCUAUGAAAGCACAAUAUUUAAAAGUACAGCAUUUCAAAGAAUAUUUUAGUCCUGUUUUGGACCUAUUUGUAAAUCUCUGUAUUUAAAUGGGAUUGCAACGACUUUGACUUUUUUUUUUUUUUUAAAUUAAAUAAAAGCAAAUUAAAUGCA